CAAAUUAAGUCAAACGUCAAUGAAACGUCAACUGAUCCUCGUGCAACGUCGGUCGGAGCACUCGGAGCGAAAGAGAUCCGAGCGGAGUAAAUUUCGCCCAGCGCGCUUAUUGGUUGCCCGACGGAAGCUUCCUAGAGACUUUACCAAAUCCCGGACAAUUCCCCAUGAAAUAUUCCUUCGACCGCGCACAGGUUCGUCCCGCGCAUUACCCCGCGGUCAAAUUCCGAGCCUGUCUCGUGGAAAAUCAUCUCCGGCGCGGCGCCGAAAAAAAUCGCACGCGUUGGCGGGAGGUUUCAAUGAACUGCCAGGUUCUGCUUGCUCCGGAGGGCAACACACCGUCGUCCUCAUUUCCACCGUUUCCGACCACGGGGGGGGGGAGGCGUACAUACCGCUCCCCCCCCCUCCCCCGCAGUUCUCGCCGCACGCCACCGUUUGUUCGCACGUUGCACGCGAAUUUCGGCAGUUUUUGCGGAAAUUCGCGCCGCACCCGGACUCCCACAUGGACGACGUUCUCGAGAGCUGGGAGCAGAUCGAGGAGUCCGGUGCACUCGACAAAAGACUGGAGGCCCUGCGGCUGCACACAGUGGAGGAUGAGUUAGAAUCUUCUAGGACCAGCCAUGAUGCAGGCACAAGAAUGAUCAUAUUAGGGGAAGAUGGUAUCAGGUCUCAGUACGUACCUCCAAAACCCAUGGUGAAGAUAUUAAAAAGACCGACUGCAAACUCACGGGGCAGUGGCGACGGUCCAGACGACAAGCCUAAGCAACCUAUUAAAUCUCUGAAACAGCGAGAACAGGAAUAUGCGGAGGCACGCAGGAGGAUCCUGGGAGAGGAGAAGAGUCCAGAGGAGAAGACUGUGCAAGAGAUCAAUAAAAUACAGGCAAAGUCGAGCACGCCGAAUGGCAAUAAUUUCCCCAGCAAUGUCAUUCGCAUGCCUACUGGCCCAGAUGGCACCCGGGGCUUCAACGUACGCAGGUAGCGUACCCGUAUUCUUCCGAUUGACUCUUUCCACCCAUCUUCUUCUCCUUCCUGCUCGCUGCCAUGGGAAAGGAGAACGGCUAUGAGGCCGUCGAUACGGUAGGAGUAGCGUCCCUGCGCUGCCGACCAGGAUGAAUAACGAGGUAUCAGACUCGGAGCUGCGUUCUACGAUUCGUCACCACGCGUGGACUCAGCCUAGAGAAUCGAGAGAGAACAUGGACUUGUCUGAGCGAAAACGAAAUACCAAUGUAACGCUGCAUUUCUGUUGCAAUGCUUUUAUAUUAUAUAUUGAAAAAGAGAAGAAACACAAAGAGAAAAAUAAUUAUAUGUUUAUAUGUGUAUAUAUGUAUUUACAUACAGAUAUAAUUGUUUUUUCUACGUAUGUAUAUACAUACAAUACAUAUAUAUAUAAAAUCGGAAUUGCGACAUGAACAAUGCAAUAGAAUGGAAGUGUGGAUUUCUGAUAAACGAAGAAAGAUUAAUCGCUCCAGUUGUAUAAUAACUUGUAUCAUAACACGAAGUAUCUAAUGGAUUGUGUAAUAAGUAUCUUUUGACUGUGUAAUAAAAGGACUCUGUAUAUAUAUACACACAUUAUAUACGUGUACACAAGUAAGACGAUUGUAUGCGAUAUAUGAAAUGUUUUGUUAUUAAAUCAAAGAUACUUUUAAACGGA